UCAACUUGCCAAAUGGAACAGAUGUGGACCUGCAAGGACUCUGCAGGAGUUGAUGUGGCUGCUGAUGUAUUUGAUGAACUACUGAAAUCUUCUACAGUAUCUUUCAAGGUGUUCACUGAGCACUCUGCUGAGAGCGAGGUCUCAGAGGUUUCCUUCUGCUCAGAUGAGGGGUCAUUCUCACCAGUUGAAUCUGUGAAAUCAUCCUCAUCAACUGAGUCUGUGAGCUCCACGGCAAGUUCAGCCUCUACAGUAAUUACAGAGAGCAGCAAAGCAUGGAGAAGAACACUGGUUGAAGGACCACCUGACAGUAAGGUGGCAAAAGAUCUGGUCUACGUAGCUCUGCAUCAAAAACCAGGGGGUGAGGAUGUAUUCAAAGAGUACAACAAAACCAAAGGCCUUUCUGACCAUACAAGAAAGAAACCUGUCAACAUUUUGGUGGCGAAUAUGAUUGAGAGCCAUGGGUAAGUAACAAAUAAAAUAAAGUCUACUUUAUAAAUUGAAAUACUUGUUAAAAUAUACAUCCUCUGUUCUCAACUUUUUACACUGGUCAUGUUAAUUUUCUCUGAAUUACAUGUAAAACUGACAUUUUUGUAAUAUGUAACCUGCUAUGGUGUAGGAGGGUCCCACCAGUUAAUGUCCGCAUUACCUAUGCCCUUGGAGUAGUCACCCUUUUCCCCAGUCUGAAAGAUAAGGCUUUGCCAACUGGUUAUGAGCAUUACUAUGAUCCUCACAGUGGGCAGGGUUACCUGGCCUACAGAUUAAAAACAGUUCAGCACAACACUGCGAGUGACUCCAAGAGGAGCUCCAAGUCUGCUUAUCAAGGUGGCGCAAAGACUCUACAUGAGACCUCAACAUCUGAACAGCUGUCAGGUAAUGAAUGCAGAGAAGCAAUGUCCAUGAUGAAGCAUUCAACAGACCAGUCAGUUGUCGUGGAGAAAAUGAAGGCAACGUUCAAGCAUAGACAGAGAAUGCUACAUGAUCCAGACCAGUCUUCACUUCCUAGAUCACUUUCCUCGAUUCUUGGAUACACCAGGCUUGAUUGACCAAGAUUUCACAAUGCUCUUUGGAGAAGACAUCUCAGGCAAGUUUAUUGCAAAAUGGCCAACAUUCUACAAACCAGGGGUCAUUACUCUCGUCUUCGUCCUGGUACUCAUCUGGAUGACCUUCUGUCUGCUCAGGAGGAAUCAAAUGAUUAUGGACGGGACAGUGACUUGGCAGCUAUCCUCCUGCUCGUUCAUCUCUUACCUCAGACUGCAAAAGGAAAAAGACAUGGGAAAAUCGGUGCCUCUGAAGCUGCUGACCAUGUGAUCGAGUUCAUGAAGGUGGGGACAAGCAUGGUGACAUUCCUUGGAGUUGGAUCAGCACAGCCCUUUCUCCUCUGCGUUGGAGAAAAGAAGAGUAGUAUUCAGAAGUUCUACAUCAUCCUGGACCAGAAGGCCAUUCCCUGCGUGGCGCAGAUGGCUGUGGCUACCUUUGACGAACUGUGUAAGGCGCGCUUUGUGUUUGCUGUGUCCUAUGAUGAGGCCUUGUUCAACUUCUGCACAUUAAUCCAAACAACUGUGUAUGGCAUUGAUGUGGCCACUGCAAAGGAGAGUCCAAGGGUCAAGGAAAUCAGAGUGAGAAUUCAUAACAUUUAAGUGUGAAAAUGUUCACUUGUUUCAUUUGCAGGGUACAGCACAGAAGUUGUUCAGUUUUUUUUCAGCAUUUGAAGUUUAGUCAUGCUUUGUAACCAGGGCGUACAUUGUGUUUGAAAUGUGGGGAACGUGGCUGUUCAUCUGUUUUUUACAUAUAUUGUGGAUUCAAGAAACAUUUAUUGAGAGUACAUGAAGACUGUGCUGCUCCAGAUUCUGUUGAAUAUUUGGACAAUGUUCAUAAUAAUGUUUGUGCUCCUGAUUCAUUGCCAAGUGCAUAUUCUCCUGUCAGUUGCCCACCUCCUCUUAAAAAAGGCAGUUAUUGGACAUGUGUAGCUCUAUUAUCGCUCAAGUACAAGCAUCUGGAAUUGCUGAAAGUACUGUGCAGUCUUUAGUUUGUUCAAUGGAGGAACUAGAUGAUGUGCAUAUCCAAGCACAGGAUGCUGUUCUUAAAUGUCUUUCAUCUGAGGUUACUGAACAAGCCCUAGAUAAAGUCAAAGACUGUUUUGAAUACUUUGAAAAUCCAUUCUCACUCCUCAAUACCGAAACAAAGAGGCAAAGACAUUUUGAAAAAAAUGGAAAAUUGUUGAACCAGUGGAGCAUGUUCUUGGUGUGCGUUAUGAUGUUCGUAGAGAUAGAACUACUGGUGUAUACAGUCUAAUUCCAGUCAAUGACAAAUUCAUUUAUUUACUGAUUUUAGGAACUCUUGAGUCAAUGUUUACCAACCAGGAACUCAGUGACUGCUUUCAACAAGUAAAGCGUCAUGAAGAUGGCAUUUUCAAAGACAUUAAUGAAAUGGUUCAUAUUUCAGAAAUCACACAUUAUUUUCACAAGAACAAGCACUCCAGAUUCAGCUUUAUUAUGAUGACUUUGAAAUAGCCAAUCCGCUUAGAUCUAAAAAAGGAAUACACAAAUUUGGCUGCAUUUAUUUUAAGAAAUUUGCCAACCAAACUUCAGUUUUGAUGAACAUUCAUCUCGUGGCACUUUUUCAUUUAGAGGACUUAAAGAAAUAUGGUUUUGAUCCAAUCCUACAGCCUCUUGUUAAUGAUUUAAAAGUUCUGGAGACACAGGGGAUCCAGGUGCCCUUUUCAGAUACACCCUUGAGGUGUAUAUCUCAGUUAUUCUCUGUUAUUCAGGUCACUGGUGAUAAUUUAGCUAUACAUGGCCUUUUUGGUACGGUUGAAUCAUUCAGUGCAACUUAUUGUUGUCCAUUUUGUUUAACUGACAAAACAAGUUUGCAGUUUGUGUUUAAUGAGGAUAACCCAGACUUAAUUCUUUGCACAAAAGAGCUCUAUACAGAACAUUGCAAUGCUGUCGCACAAAACCCCACUCUGGUCCAUUCAUUUGGUGUUAAAAGAACCUGUCCUCUAAAUGCACUGCAGUUUUUUCAUUGUUCAGACAAUUAUGCAGUUAAUAUUAUGCAUGACCUACUAGAAGGUGUUGUACAGUAUGAGCUUAAGCUUCUUUUUCAGUACUUGGUUAGGGACUCCAUAUGUUUAAACAUUCUUUCAGAAAGGAUUCAGAGCUUUAAAUAUGGAUACAGUGAGAGAAAGAACAGACCUAGUGCAAUCAAAGUUGAUGAUGGUAGAAAUGAUCUUGGUCUCAAUGCUAUUCAGUCAUGGUGCCUCCUGCGCAAUACUCCCUUAAUUUUUGGAGAUUUAGUUGACCCAGACAAGUUAUUGGCAUGUCAUUCUACUUUUGAUUCAAAUUGUCAACAUUGUGUUCUCCCCAAUCAUAACAGAUGGUAUGACUAUGAAAAGAAACAUCAGAAUCAAUUGGCUUUUCAUUGGGAGAAGGUUUAUUUUAAAAGAUUUCUGUUUGGUCCUGUUAUGCAUGUCUUAACUAGUGAUCUAGAGGGCAGCAAGGUCGCAAGGUCUUUAUCAAACACUGAAUGUGUCUAGUGUCUCCACAACUU